UAGAUUUUGACUUUGUCGUGUUGUUUGGACCUUAAUUUUGACAUGAUGAAUUAUUAAAAACUUGCAAUAUGUGGAGUAAAACAUAAUAUUAUCUGUUUACUUACGUUCUAUUUCGACGCCAUACAAGAAAUAACUUGCCUUCGAAAAGCCUGAUUUUUUGAGGAAAAUUUUGACAAUGUCGUCAGACAUUGACAUCGAGGAGCACAACGUGUUCGACCAUCCGAAGAUAAAGACAAUAUUUCCGGACAUUUCGUGUAUAAAGACAGAAAUUGUGGACAUAGAUGAUGAGGAAAUGCCAGAAUACGCGGAUGACAAUGAUAACCUAGAAGAAAUGUAUCUAGGCGAAGACACAGAUAGGUUCGACGGAAUCAAUGCAAACAAUAGCAUCGAUGAACAUGAAGAGAUAAAUGACAUACAUCUAAUAGAUACAACGAGCUUUCACCACGUGUCGCAGAAUAAAAUAAUCCUAGGAACGAAACCUGUGCCUGAAAGAGAUCCUUAUACCGCACAUGUGUCGUUAAAAGACUGGAAAUAUUUUCUCAACAAACAUAAGUUCUACUGCCAAGAAUGUAUGAUACUUUUCCCUACGCAGAACACGAUAGAUGCUCACAGAAUGGCCGCUCAUUCGUUACUUAUAGCAGUGCAAGAGUAUGAUAAUUUGUUUGAAGAUAGUGCGGAACCACCGAGAGUUAAUAAGGCCAAGAAAAGUACAACUAAAAAUGUCGCCAUGUUGAAUUACAGUGGGUUUAGACAUAACAAAGCCGUAAAAAGUACGGCAAAAGUGAGAACAGAAGUGUUUAGUGUUAGCGAGCAAAGUGCGUCGAACGUACUCGGUAUGGUGAACCUAAAAAAGUGUCCGGUUUGCAAGUGUUACUAUUCAAGCGAGAGACAUAUACAGGGUCACUUUAUAAAGAACCACGGGACUAGUGAUUUGACCCCAAUCAAUGAGUGUUUUAACGGACAGUGCGCGUUUUGCCUUUACAAAACGAUUAACAUCAAAAUGUACAAUUUUCACCUUCAACACGUGCAUAAUAAAAUAUUUAGGAAGUUAUAUACGCAGAAAUAUGCCUGCUCUGAGCAUGACUUGACGUUCACAUCAGCAAAUGCGCUGAACAUACAUAAAGUAGCUGCGCACAUGCCUAUUAAAGUACCCUCCACGCUUUAUACUGGUGUCGUGCCAAAGGAGAUUUUGUUCAAAUGUGACAAGUGCCCGUUACAUUUUCUCGCUAGUUGCGCGGCGUUCUCACACUCCGUACGAUGCCUUCAAUCGGCAGUCGAAUGGACGUGUGCCUUGUGUAAACGCGCCUUUAGAUCGUCAGACAAACUAAAGCAUAAGGUACAACACAGGCUGUUUAAGAAAUUCAAUGUUAUAACCGUCACGCAUGAUUUGACGAAGCGUGUAGUGUGUAAAUGCCCUAAAUGUGGUAUACUAUUCAGUGAAAGAACAUUUUGGAGGUGUCACUCGAUACAAUGCGAUAAGACGGUGUCGAAACGGUGUGAAAUAUGCGGUUUGAAAAUUGAACGUUCUUCCGUGUUAAAACAUGACAGAAUGCACGCGGAAAAUUUGAAAAUUUUGACAAUCGAAUUUGUCUCCGGCCACAUGGAUUUGAAUACACAAGUGACAGUCAAAAAGAGCGCGAGUGCAGAGUAUAGGAUGCCUAAAAUUGAGUAUAAAAGUCCAGUUAAAUCGGAGUAUAUAACUCCGACUACUAUCGAAUAUAGAAACGGGAACAUUUUGUACUAUUGCAACUCGUGCAAGACGUAUUGUCAUUCCAAAACGCAGUUCCAUUUAACGGGAGCGUGUUCUGAUAUGACUUGUGUGAAACGGCGCACUUGUAAAAUAUGUGGUCUGUGCUUCACGAUUAAAACCUUCCCGACUCAUGUUGCUAGAGAACACAAAGAGAAGAAUUUCAAAUUGAGCAACAUUCAGUUUUUGGAUCUACAAACGGAACGGAGAAUCACUCCACCGCUGCCAGAGUGGAAAAAGUGCUUGGAGUGUAACAUAAAUUUCGUCGGUCAAAGAGCGCUGAGUAAACAUAACUGUUUUGAAGAGAAGUUCAAGAUUUGUGCCCAAUGUGACGAAGGUUUUAGUGACUUGGCAUACAAGCUGCACGCUCCGUUUCACGCUUUUAAUACGCAGCAGGAAGAGGAGGUCGAAAUAAAUCAAGAGGUCGAAAUACCGGAUUUACUUAAAAAAUACGAAUCAAUGCAAUCCUUAUGGAACAUUAUUUAUCUGUGCCAAGUGUGCGAUAUAGUUUACGAUAAUUACGACAAAGUGAUAGAGCACUGUCAGGAUCAUUUUUGCAAUAUGGAGAGUUUCGAUGUUAAAAUCGAAAAGUGCUAUGUAUGCAAUUUGCAAUUUGACGAAGCGUCGUAUAAAAAUCAUGCGGACAUUCAUUUGAAUCCUGUAAAGAAGAGUUCCUUUCAAAUACUCAAAUUUAACUAUGAAAAUCUUCUAAAUGAUGCGUGGUUUGAUAUAUUCAAGCCGAUAACGGAAGAGCAAAGAGGCCAUAUAUUAGCUAAAAGCGCGUAUAAUAUAGAGAGAGCUAUAAGAUUUAAGCUAGAAAUAGACGGUUUUUCCAACAGUACGAUGUUUAAAUGCAACAUUUGUAAAAAUAUAAUUGAUAGAGAUUGUGUGGUGGAACACGCGAAGAAUCAAGAUGCGUGCGAAGAGAGUAAGCCAAGGUUUGCGUGCUCAUACUGCCAUUUGGUGUUUCAGAAUAAAAACACAAAACUUGCACACGAACGCGAUCAUAAUACCAAUAGAUUUAAGGAGAAUUCUAUUCGUCUAGUUACCUUUAAUGACGUGAACGAUUUUUCGACAAAUUUCGUAAUGUGCAACCUGCCCAGAAAGGACAGUUUGAAAUUCAACUGGUGUCAAGAGUGUAGUCUCUUGAUCAAGAAGCAAGACUACAAUAAGCACCUACUGAAACAUAAGCCUAAAAAGGUGACAUAUGCCAUAAAGAAAGGGAUUAAGCAGAAACUAUAUGAUGUAUACCAAUGUAUGCAUUGUAAAGGAACAGUUUUUAAUUCGGUCAAUCUCAAACGACAUAAAUGUCCGACGCGCACGUCACCUAUGCUGUACAAAGUGUGCAAACUCUGUAAUUUGAAAAUUAGAAAGUCCUUCCUUGCGAAACAUUACGCAUUUCAUAAAAUGAAACCCAGCUUCAAUAAAAAUACGAUCAGCGUAAUACCUUUUGAUAAUGAAAGAAGUGACUCGCCAAACGAGCAAAGCGAAGAGCCUGCGCCGAAGAGAGAUAAGGAUAUAUUAUUGACACUAUAUCAAUGUCAGAAAUGUAAAGCAUGCGUUAGCAGUUCAUCAAAACGAAAGAACCACUCAUGUGUGAAAGACAAGCAAUUCCUAGUCCCCUGCCCUGUAUGUAAAGUACUCUUCCGUAGGGUAAAGUUUAGUCUUCACGAGAACAUACACAAACAAAAUCCAGGCAUGACCAAAGCGAAUGUAAUGGUAGUGAAAUACAAUCUUUGGCCAGACCAAACGUGUAAACGAAAACUAGACGAGAUCGCAACGCCUCGUAAGAAGAUCAAAACUGAAUCGAAUACAGUGGCCGAAGACCCCCUAGUGCGUUAUUAUGGAAGAAUGCCUGUGUUAUACAAGUGUGCCUGUAAUUUACUGUUUGAGAAUAGACUUAAUUUGGCUGAGCAUAUGCAAAUAUGUGAAAGUGACCGUAACCCCGUCAUUUGCAAGCUAUGCGGAUUGCAGUUCCACAAAGAAGAUAUACAGAGACAUAACGAAUUGGACAAUUUAUGUGCGGAAAAUAAGUUUUAUUUGGUUGGCACAGUUGUUGUUAACAACCAACACACACACGACCCUGACCAUUGGAUAGCCAACUGCUCUCAGUGUAACCUAUAUUACAUGAAUGUCAAAGGUAUAAAAAUACACAUGGCAAAAGGUCACUUGAAACGGAUGAUUCGCGUUUGCACAGAGUGUAAUGUGCGAAUCCCUCAAAAGCGCUUUAGGGAACACGUGGUCAAACAUCACGAAACAAUGAAACUCACUGUAUCAGAGCUUAAUAUAGAAAGUUUUGGUGCCAUGUCCACCUCUGAUUUGGUAAAUUUGAGAAUUGGUCCUUCGAUUGAGUUAAGUACUAGUAGUGUGAAAGAGGAAUUCGAAUCCGCGAUACUAUACAAGUGUUCGGAUUGUGACUUGCACUUUACGCAGCGGAAAACACUUUAUUAUCAUUACGAAAGAAAUCAGCAUGAUCAUAAAAGGUUUCCCUGCAAGUAUUGCGGGCUGAAUUUCACACAGAUCGUAUUGAGGCGGCAUGACGCGUCAGAACAUACGAUAAAUGAUUUCAAAAUUGUAGUCGUCUCUGAUCCUAAAGAAAGACCGAUAAAAAGGGAGUCACAGGACUCGUCGUCUAAUUAUAGUUUUGAAAGUAUCCCAGUUAAAACCGAAAGGAUACCGACGCCGGUGAAGGUUCCUAAGGAGAAGCCCAAAAAUGUUGAAGGCAUAUUCGAUGUUUCUGAGCUCAAACGUAAAUAUCACACAGCUGAAGAGAGUCGUAUAAUUCGGAAAUUGUCUACAACUCCUAUACAAAAACUUAAGAUGAUCUACCAGUGCGAAGUAUGCAAGUUAAGUUUCCUGCACGAAGAUACAAUAGGCAAACACAUGAGCGCAGGAACGCAUGGUUCAAAAUGUAUGCCCUGUUUACAAUGCGGACUGCUUUUUACAAAACUGAGCUUACAAAGACAUACAUUUAUGCACCAUGAUAUCCUAAAAUUAAAACCGGUAGACUUUAAAAUGAGAAUAUAUACAUCGGAAACGUAUUUCUACGAUGUAGACAGUUUACCUUUAAGCGUGGAAAAUACCGCGAAAAUGCCUUCUUCGAGCGAAGCUACGAAAAUAGUCAUAGAGCAAGAAAUUCCGCCGGUUAUUAAAACAGAGGCGCCAACGUUGUUUAAAUGUGCAAACUGCGAUGUUUAUUUCACAUCCUACGAUAUGUGUUGGGAGCAUACUAACAACCACACGCCUUUAGAUUCCACAGAAUAUAUAGGCUGUAAAAUAUGUGACCUACAACUGCUUUGUGAAUGUCUUGGUGUUCACAUGAGAGGGCAUAGAGAAAACACCUUUGAUAUAGACAAAGUAGUUGUCACGGAGUUUCAACCUCAAGAAAAUGAAAUGCCAGUAAUGAAUACGUAUUUGGCUGCGGAGAAAUUAAAGUCCAAAUUGAUUAGUACUACAACAGAUUGCGGGAACGAAGACUGAUUUAGAUUGACGACUAAUUUUCUUUGCUGUUUUGGCCUCAGUGAUAGAAUAUUUGUUUUCUAUAAGUGUCUUAAGCGCUGUUAAGAUUUUCUAGAACUAGAUUCUAUUAUUAUUAAUAAUACAUUUGGUAAUGUAUAAAAACCUGAAUUAAAUAGUCACGAAUUUAAAUCCAACUCAAUCCAGUGUUAAAAAUGAUUAAAAUAAUUUAAAAAAUACAAUGCUAUGUAACAUAUGGAAAAGCUUUCGCUUAUGAUUUUUAAGUAAUUUGAUGUUUAAAGAAUAUUUGUAUCAAUGUUUUUAAAAUAUUUUUAAAAUGAUUAUAAUAUGUCUGACCAACAUAAUAUUUGAAAUCGAAGCUUUGACGUACUAUUCAUAUAAAAAAAUAGUCAAUUACGAUCAAAAAUCGUCCAAAGCAAAUGUCUGCCUAUUCGUCUAUUAAGCAGAGUUUUCUAAUGAGCGUUUACUACGACUUUGAACAUUACUGCCACGAAAUAAGGUGCUAAUUUGCUUGAAUAUAUUUUAUAUUGUUCGGACAUUUUUGUAGACCUUUUAGUAAGAGGUUCUAAGUCUAGCCCUACUAAUAUUAUAAAUGCGAAAGUUUGUGAGGAUGUAUAUUAAAUAUGUUUGUUACUCCCACGGAAAAACCACUGAACGAAUUUUAGUAAGAUUUAACAGUGAUGUAGCUUAUAUGAUAAGCUAU